GUUGCGUGUGACCUGCGCCCCACAACCAUCGCGUUAGAAUCGCGCGAGGCUGCGCGCAUUGCACUGUAAUAACGACGAGAGAGAGGAGAUCGGAGUAUCGUCGACGACGUACGUAGAUACGUACCGCCGGCAUUUAAUACGUGCGUUACCGCGACGGUGUAUAUUUAUCGCGUGUGUGCCAGGUAUACCAGUGCGGCGACAGCCGAGGGACGACACUUGCCUUCUAUUUUCAACUUUCAUCCCCCGCGGUUGGAUUUAUUCGAUAAUAAAAACCCCGAGAAUUAUGAAUAGCUUUGGUUCGCACGCGAUACGUAAACUCGAUAUAAUACACGCGUCGCGUUGUGCCGCAGGUGCCCAGUUUUCCCUUUCGUCGUGAAAUCUUUCAAAAUAAGUCACGAGCGAGAGGAUUUUGUUCUCCCCUGGCCUUUGGUUUCUUUUGUUUUCGUUAUUCUCCCUGCAAGGGGGAAAAGUUCGAUAAGAUAUCGCGACGCGCGUCUCAAGGGUGCAAUUGUAUAAGUGCUGUUUGGAUAAUUCACUCAUACACCAACCGAUCUGCGAAUACUCAACGGCGACAACGAACAACCGAGGUGGACAGAAAAGACGCCAUCCAUGCUUUGGUAACGUGAAAAAUAUCGACGAAGAUGACGGCGAAAAAGGGCAGCGGUAAAAUGUGCCGGCUGAUAGCCGUCUGCGCGUUUCUCCUGCACUCGGCAGCAACGAGCAGAGCAAAAGUUUCGGUUUUACCCCACGACGUCUAUCCCGGAUUCGAGGUGAAACAUUUCCAGAGCGGGGGCAGGGAGUCCUCGAAUUUCCGCCUGUUGGAGACGGGAUUUUCCAAAUUCUUCACCAUGCUGGACAACGGUAUGGUGAUGACGACGUCGGACCUGACGCCGCUCGUCAACCGACCGGUGAAUUUGAUAGUUCUCGAGGAGCUCGGUAACAGAACGCAGACGCACGACCUCCACCUCUACGUCUUGGACAGGAAGAAUAUGCUGACGUUUUCUCACAGUCAUCUGGGCGACGGUAACGUACCCGAAAACGCGCCGAUCAAUACGCCGGUAAACGGUUUCCCGGUACUCAGGGCGUCCGGAAACUUUCCCGUGCAUUACAAAAUCCUGCCGGAGCUCGGGGACAAGCCCUUCGUCCUCAUGGACAGCGGAACGGGAGUCACCGGGGAGAAUCUGAUUCUGCGAAACUCCGGUCAGGGCGUGAAAGUCGUGACGUCGCGUCCGCUCGACCGGGAGAACAAGGGCGAGUACACCGUAGUCGUACACGCCUCGGACUCUGACUUUAUCAGCAGAUCGAAAAUAAGCGGACGCGUCACCGUGUUGGACGAGAACGACAACAGUCCGGAAUUCGAGCAAGAAAUCUACCGAUUCGUCGUGAAACCCACGAACCUGGGCGCCUCUCCUGCGGAGGAGUUCGCCGAAUGGAAGAGAUUCUCCACCAUAGGUAAGGUGAGGGCGACGGACGCCGACGGCGAUAAACUCGCCUACCGACUGGUCGCGCCGAGUAAUUUGGUGGUCAUCGUGCCGCAAACCGGUGAGAUCCUCCUCACCGGGGAUCCUCAGAGUUCGUUGGAGGAAGACAUGGAGGUCGAACUGCUGAUAGAGGCCCACGACGUCAGGACGCCGAGCAGGACGAGCGAGAAGCCGGCGAAGGUCCUCGUUCAAUUCGUUACGUCCGAGCCGAUCCAGGAGGAGCACAGGAUAGAGAAGAGGAGGGUGACGAGGGCCGUAAGACCGACGAAGAAAAUCGAAUUCACCGAAGGGAACGGAGACGUCCAAGACAAAGUGGCGUUCACGUUGGACAAGGAAACCGACAGGGAGACCUUCAAGAUCAAGGACGAGAACAAAUGGGUCACCGUCGAGUCCAACGGAGCGGUCAAGGUCAAACAGAAGUGGAAUUACGAGGAACUCGGACCCGAAAAAACCAUCGACUUCUGGGUCACCAUCAAUAACGCAGGUAUUGGAGGAUGGUGCGCCAAGCAUUUCGACCCCCUUUGUCGGUUCACACAUGACACCGACAAUCAGCGCGUAUUAAUCCACGUGAAAGACGUCAACGACGAGCCACCCUAUUUCGUAAAUCGACCGCUGCCCAUGCAAGCCGUUGUCCAACUCAACGCCCCGCCGAACACUCCGGUGUUUACCCUUCAGGCCAGAGACCCGGACACCGACCACAACAUUCAUUAUUUCAUAGUCAGAGAUCGGACCGGCGGUCGUUUCGAGGUCGACGAGAGAUCCGGAGUAGUCAGAACGAGAGGCACCGAUGUCUUUCAACUGGAUAUGGAAUACGUUCUUUACGUGAAAGCCGAGGACCAAAAUGGCCGAGUCGACGACAGGCGGUACCAAUCGACCCCCGAGGAACGGCUCUCGAUCGUUGGAGGAAAACGCGCUCCGCAAUUCUACCUGUCUUCCUACGAAGCCGAUAUACCGGAAAACCAGAAAAAGGACUCCGAUAUAAUAUCCAUCAAGGCAAAGUCGUUCGCCGACAGGGAGAUUCGCUACACUUUGAAGGCUCAAGGACAGGGUGCGGGAACGUUCAACAUAGGCCCAACCUCCGGUAUAGUUAAACUGGCCAAGGAGUUGGACUUCGAGGACCUGCGACAGCCCCACGUCUAUUCGCUGAUCGUAACAGCGACGGAAGACUCGGGUGGAUUCUCGACGACCGUGGAGCUGACGAUCAGGGUGUCCGACGUAAACGACAACGCCCCGAAAUUCGAACUACCGGAUUACCAAGCGCACAACGUCGACGAGGACAUUCCCCUGGGUACCAGCAUUCUCAAGGUGAAAGCGAUGGACUCGGAUUCGGGAUCGAACGCGGAAAUAGAAUACCUGGUGUCGGACGACCACUUCAGCGUCGAUUCCAGCGGUACCAUAGUGAACAACAAACAACUCGACGCCGACAACAACAACGCCUAUUACGAAUUCGUCGUUACGGCGAAAGACAAAGGCGAACCUUCGAAAAAUGGUACGGCGACCGUUCGAAUAUAUACGAAGAAUAAAAACGACGAAGAGCCGAAAUUUUCGCAGCAAGUUUAUACGCCGAACGUCGACGAGAACGCGGGUCCGAAUACCUUGGUGACGACGGUGGUUGCUUCCGACAAGGACGGGGACACCGUACGUUUCGGUUUCGUUGGCGGUGGAACGUCGGCCGGUCAGUUCGUCAUAGAAGAGAUAACCGGCGUUAUCCGACUCCACGGGAAAUCGAUUUCCCUCGACAAAGACAAAUACGAGUUGAACGUCACCGCGCUCGACGACGGCGCCUGUUGUCUGAACGGAGCUUCCACCAUCCACACGAGCACGGCGGUCGUCGUCGUCUUCAUAACGGACGUCAACGACAACAAACCCGUGUUCAAAGACUGCGGAACCUACUCCCCCAAGGUUGAGGAGGGCGCGUCAAACGGCAGCCCGGUUAUUAAAGUCCAAGCGACCGACGAGGACAAGGGUGUCAAUGGCCAGGUCAAGUAUUCCAUUGUCCAGCAGCCUAAUCAAAAGGGAACGAAAUUCACGGUGGAUGAGGAGACCGGGGAGGUCUCUACCAACAAGGUAUUCGAUCGCGAGGGCGAUGACGGAAAGUUUGUAUCCGUUACCGUGAAAGCUACCGACCAGGGCGAACCGUCCCUCGAAGGUGUUUGUUCAUUCACGGUCGAAAUAACGGACACCAACGACAAUCCGCCGCUUUUCGAUCGUCAGAAAUACGUGGAGAACGUAAAACAAGACGCUAGUAUCGGUACGAAUAUAUUGAGAGUAUCGGCCUCCGACGAGGACGCUGAUAAUAACGGGGCUAUCGUGUACACGUUAAGUGCCCCAACCAAUCCCCUCGAUUUGGACUACUUUGAAAUACAACCAGAGUCUGGUUGGAUCGUUCUAAAGAAACCACUCGACGGCUGUUUUCCACGAGACAGGUAUCGCCUGAAAGUGCGAGCAUCCGACAGAGGGACGUCGGAACCCUUGUAUGCAGAUGUGGACGUUGAGUUAGACGUCGUAGACAGAAACAAUAAACCUCCUCUGUGGGAUAAGAGCGUAUACGGCCCCAUUCACAUCAAAGAAAAUGUCACAGUGGGUACAAUAGUGACGUCAGUAAAAGCCAGCUCUGGCAUCGAGGGAAACCCUACGGUAUUUUAUCGGCUAAUGCCCGGAUCUACCGCCCAAACGAACAAAUUGCAUACGUUCUACCUUCAGCAAAGGGCAGACAAGGGCUUAACCUGGGCUGAUAUAAAAGUGAAUCAUCCCCUGGAUUAUGAAACGAUAAAGGAAUACAAUCUCACCAUACGUGUCGAGAAUAACGGAGCCCAACAACUCGCUUCGGAAGCCACGGUUUCCAUUAUGCUAGAGGACGUCAAUGACGAGAUUCCACUCUUCACCGAACGUGAACAGGAAACUGUACUCGAGGGGGAACCAAUCGGGACUAAAGUAACGCAAGUAAACGCCAUAGAUAAGGACGGAACUGUACCGAACAACGUGGUCACCUAUUACGUCGUCGACAGCGACAGAAACGAGGGAAAGGACUUUUUCGAGAUAAAUCAACAGACCGGAGAGGUAUUCACAAAAGUGGUGUUCGAUCGUGAAAAGCAGGGAGCUUACGCUCUCGAAGUUGAAGCGAGAGACGGCGCUCCUUCUGCUCGUCCGAACAGCAACAGUCUGCCAAAUUCUGUUACAAAAUUCAUACGUAUCGGAAUCGCCGAUAAGAACGACAACCCACCUUAUUUUGACAAGGCUUUAUACGAGGCGGAAGUUGACGAAAAUGAGGAUAUUCAACACACGGUUCUCACCGUCACCGCCAAAGAUCACGAUGAGUCUUCCCGUAUUCGAUACGAGAUUACAAGCGGUAACAUAGGGGGUGCCUUUGCUGUAAAGAAUAUGACGGGGGCGAUAUACGUUGCGGGGGCUUUGGAUUACGAGACGAGAAAGAGGUACGAAUUGAAAUUGGCUGCCUCGGAUAAUUUGAAAGACAAUCAAACGACGGUCGUUAUACACGUGAAGGACGUCAACGACAAUCCACCUAUAUUCGAACGGCCCACGUAUAAGACGCAAAUCACCGAGGAAGACGAUAGAAAUUUGCCAAAGCGUAUUCUGCAGGUGACCGCGACCGACGGGGACAAGGACAGGCCGCAAAAUAUCGUGUACUUCUUAACGGGGCAAGGUAUCGACUCCGAUAAUCCAACGAACAGCAAGUUUGACAUAAAUCGAACGACGGGAGAGAUAUUCGUUCUGAAGCCGCUGGACAGGGACCAACCCAACGGAAGACCUCAGUGGCGGUUCACCGUUUUCGCUCAAGACGAGGGUGGCGAAGGACUCGUCGGAUACGCCGACGUCCAAGUAAAUCUCAAGGACAUCAACGAUAACGCACCCAUUUUCCCGCAGGGUGUUUACUUCGGUAACGUUACCGAAAAUGGAACGGCAGGAAUGGUUGUAAUGACGAUGACGGCUGUGGAUUACGACGACCCGAGCGAGGGAACCAACGCCCGACUACUUUAUUCUAUCGAGAAAAAUGUAAUCGAGGAAGAAACUGGGUCGCCCAUAUUCGAAAUUGAACCUGACACCGGGGUGAUAAAGACCGCGGUCUGCUGUCUGGACAGAGAGAGGACUCCGGAUUAUUCGAUACAGGUCGUCGCUAUGGACGGCGGGGGGUUAAAAGGGACCGGGACAGCGUCGAUACGAGUCAAAGACAUAAACGACAUGCCUCCCCAGUUUACCAAAGACAACUGGUUCACGGAGGUCGACGAAACCGACGGUUCUAAUUUACCGGAACUACCCAUAUUGACGGUAACGGUACACGAUGAGGACGAGACCAACAAGUUCCAAUACAAGGUUAUCGAGAACAGCGGGUACGGAGCCGACAAAUUUACCAUGGUCAGAAACAACGACGGUACCGGAUCUCUCAAGAUCGUCCAGCCUCUCGACUACGAGGACAUGCUGCAGAGCAACGGUUUCCGUUUCAGAAUUCAAGUCAAUGACAAGGGCGAAGAUAACGACAACGAUAAAUACCACGUCGCUUAUUCUUGGGUGGUCGUAAAACUUAGAGAUAUCAACGACAAUAAGCCACAGUUCGAACGUUCCAACGUCGAGGUUUCCGUUUAUGAAAAUGCGGACAUAGGAAAAACCUUGGAGACCUUCAAGGCCACCGAUCCUGAUCAGGGCGGCAAGAGCAACGUCUAUUACACGAUCGACAGAAGCUCCGAUCGCAAGAGACAAUUUUCCAUCGACGAAGGCGGCACCGUUUCCAUUCAGCGAAGCCUCGACAGAGAGGAAACGCCCAGACAUCAAGUAAAAAUCCUUGCCAUCGACGACGGUAUUCCGCCAAAAACCGCGACCGCUACGUUGACGGUGAUAGUCCUGGACAUAAACGACAACGCUCCCACGUUUAUGAAGGACUAUCGACCGGUUAUACCCGAGCACGUUCAGCCGAGAAAAGUCGGCCAGAUUCUAGCGACCGACGACGACGACAGAUCAAAGAGUAACGGUCCUCCGUUCACCUUCAGAAUGGAUCCUAAUGCCGACGAUGUGAUAAAAGCCUCUUUCAAAGUGGAGAACGACAAUAAGGGAGCGAACGGCGACGGUAUGGCGAUAGUAGCGUCUCUCAGAUCGUUCGAUAGGGAACAACAAAAAGAGUAUCUUAUCCCGAUCGUUAUCAAGGAUUCGGGGAAUCCACAUGUCUCGGGAACCUCGACACUGACUGUCGUUAUCGGGGAUGUUAAUGAUAACAAAAUGCAACCCGGAGCCAAGGAUAUUUUCGUCUACAAUUACGCCGGACAAUCGCCAGACACGGACAUCGGCAGGGUGUUCGUGUACGAUUUGGACGACUGGGAUUUACCUGACAAAAAAUUCUACUGGGAGGGCUUGGAGCACGCGCAAUUCAAGCUGAACGACGAAACCGGGAUGAUUUCGAUGAAGUCCGGUACCCACGAUGGAAAGUACAACCUCAGGUUCAAAGUAUACGACAGAAAACAUACGCAGACCGAUGUUCCUGCGAAUGUUACCGUCACCGUUAAAACCAUUCCGCACGAAGCUGUGAUAAACUCGGGUUCCGUGAGGAUUUCCGGCAUCACCGACGAGGACUUUAUAAGGAUUUGGAACUACAAGACCCACGGAAUUUCGAGAAGCAAAGCGGACUUAUUCAGAGACAAAUUAGCUGAUUUGCUGAACAUCGAGAGGGAGAAUGUCGAUGUGUUCAGCGUUCAACUCCGGAGGAAAAAUCCACCCUUGACCGACGUCCGGUUCGCGGCUCAUGGAUCACCCUAUUACAAGCCAGUCAGACUCAACGGACUCGUUCUCAUGCACCGAGAAGAGAUCGAGAAGGACGUCGGCAUAAAUAUAACUAUGGUGGGCAUCGACGAGUGCUUCUACGAGAACCAGAUGUGCGAGGGUAGCUGUACCAAUACCUUGGAUAUCAGUAAUUUACCCUACAUGGUGAACGCUAACAGGACUUCAUUGGUCGGCGUCCGUGUCGACGUUAUUGCGGAAUGCACGUGCGGCGCUCGUAACUUUAGCAAAAGCGAAUCGUGCAGAACCAGCCCCUGUUACAACGGAGGAAGAUGCAUCGAGGGCCGAUUCGGUUUAACCUGCCAAUGUCCCGCUGGCUACAACGGACCAAGGUGUCAACAGACCGCAAGAAGCUUCAGAGGAAACGGAUGGGCUUGGUAUCCCGCCCUUGAAAUGUGCGACAACAGUCAUAUGAGCUUCGAAUUCAUCACGAGGAAAGCAGACGGUCUUCUUCUGUACAAUGGUCCGAUAGUGCCGCCGGAAUCCGACGAAGUAAUGGUAUCGGACUUUAUCUCCGUGGAACUGGAGCGUGGCUAUCCCAGGCUGCUGAUAGAUUUUGGUUCCGGAACACUGGAACUCAAGGUCAAGACCAAGGACACCCUUCACGACGGCGAAUGGCACAGACUCGACAUAUUUUGGGAUACCGAGACCGUGAAACUUAUCGUCGAUUACUGCAAAUCGGCCAACAUAUCGGAGAGGGAAGAUGGAACACCUCCGGAAUUCAACGACACGACUUGCCAAGCUCAGGGAACGAUCCCUCCGUUCAACGAAUACCUGAACGUGAACGCUCCUCUUCAAAUCGGUGGUUUAUACGUGGAACAAUUCGACCUUGCUCAUUACAAAUGGAAGUACAUGCCGGUCGGCAAAGGCUUCGACGGGUGCAUAAAGAACCUGUUCCACAACAGCAAAUUGUACGAUCUCGCACAUCCCGGACUUUCGAGGAACAGCGUUGCUGGAUGUCCCCAGACGGACGAGAUUUGCAAUCACCAAGAAGCCACGUUCAGGUGCUGGGAACACGGAACUUGCGUCGGUAGUUUCUCGCAAGCGAGGUGCCAGUGCAACCCCGGAUGGACAGGACCCGGGUGCAUGACGCCCACGAUACCUACCACCUUCAAACCACAGAGCUACGUUAAAUACGCGCUCUCUUUCGAACCGGAUAAAUACUCCACCCAAAUUCAGCUAAGAUUCAGAACGAGAGAGGUUCACGGGGAACUUUUCAGAGUCAGUGAUCAGCAUAACAGGGAAUACGGGGUUCUAGAGGUGAAAGACAGCAGACUGCACUUCAGGUAUAAUUUGAACAGUCUGAGGACGGAAGAACGCGACAUAUGGCUCACCGCGAUUGCCGUUGACGACGGACAGUGGCAUACGGUGAGGGUGUCGAGGUACGGUUCCGCCGCUACUUUGGAACUCGACGGAGGUGAAGGUCGUCGAUUCAACGAGACGUUCUCAUUCGAGGGACACCAGUGGCUCGUUGUUGAUAAACAAGAAGGCGUAUACGCCGGAGGAAAGGCCGAGUACACGGGCGUACGGACCUUCGAAGUCUACGCCGAUUAUCAAAAGGGAUGUUUGGACGACAUCAGACUGGAAGGAAAACAUCUUCCCCUACCCCCGGCUAUGAACGGUACUCAGUGGGGACAGGCAACCAUGGCUCGGAACCUGGAAAGACAUUGUCCUUCGAAUAAACCGUGCUCGAACGUCAUUUGUCCCGAUCCAUUCGAGUGCGUCGAUUUGUGGAACGAAUAUGACUGCACUUGCGGAGACGGCAGGAUACCCUCGCCAGACAAUAAGGGAUGCGUUGACAAGAACGAGUGCAUAGAUUAUCCUUGUCUCAACGGCGGAAGCUGUAUAAAUGAGAAUCCCAGUCUCAGAUACAGAUGCGUGUGUCCCGAUGGAUUUUGGGGCGAAAAUUGCGAGCUCGUUCAAGAAGGCCAGACCCUCAAAUUGAGCAUGGGAGCCCUAGCAGCUAUUUUAGUCUGCCUACUAAUUAUUCUAGUACUAGUCCUUGUCUUCGUUGUUUACAACCGGAGAAGGGAAUCCCACAUAAAAUAUCCAGGACCCGAUGACGACGUUAGAGAGAACAUAAUAAAUUACGACGACGAAGGUGGCGGAGAAGACGAUAUGACGGCAUUCGAUAUCACCCCGUUACAAAUACCAAUCGGUGGUCCACUGCCGGAAAUGACGGGAAAACUGCCUACGUGUAAAAUAGCCUAUCCUCUGGGGCCUGAGCCGAACGUUGGAAUGUUCAUAGAGGAUCACAAGAAAAGAGCGGACAGCGAUCCCAAUGCACCUCCUUUCGAUGAUCUCCGAAAUUACGCUUACGAAGGCGGUGGAAGUACCGCAGGCUCAUUGUCAUCCCUCGCGUCAGGGACGGACGACGAGCAGCACGAGUACGAAUACUUGGGUGCUUGGGGUCCCAGAUUCGACAAACUUGCCGACAUGUACGGUCCUACCGAAGAGAGCGAGGCGGAGGAAGAGAAUUAACUCAAAUAAAACGACUCCAAAUUAAUUUAAAUAAUUUAAAUUCAAAUUAACAAAGUAAAAACGCCGUAGAAAACUAUGAAGAGAAUGGGGAAUCGUAAAAAAAAAGCGAGAGACAGAGGAGAGAGUAAACGAAAAAACUGAAAAAUUUAUGAAUCGAAAGGCGAAUAAACGACAAAGACACUCAUACACAUGUGUAAUACAAUUCGUAUUGCAUUCAAUUAAAUGUAUACAUGAUAAAUGAACUUCAGGAUAAAACAAUUAUUGUUAACUAUCGCUGAAUCACAAUGAAUAAAAACCACGACAACAAACCUUUCGCGCGCGGCGUGUAGUAGAAUAAUUAUAAUGACUAACUGAUGAUGAUAUAAUUGUUUCGUAUUUGCCUGUGUUUGUAUAAAUAGUGAGAUCGAUCCAUAACGUAUGAUAUUGACAUUAAUACUUGAUAUUAUAUUAAUACGAUCUCGUUGAAUGUAAAGAUAACACAAAGGAGACGAAAAAUUAAUGAAAAACGGUGGAAAAAAAUAAAUAAUAAAUGAAUUAAAAAAAAAAUGAAGAUAUUAAAUAUAAAAAUAACGACAGUAAUAAUUGAUACCAAUUAAAAAAUUAGUUCCAGACAAGUGUUGCAUAAACAAAGUGGAAGCUAUAACGAUGCAAAAUUCGCAAAAGAUAUACAUAAUACUAUAAUAUUAAUGAAUAAUAAAUUAAUAAUGAUAAUUAUACUAAAAUAGUAAUAAUGGUAAUAAUAAUGAUAAUUAACCGUCGCGAUUCACCUGCAAAUGUACGCUCUUGACAAGUGCAGCGUAUGGGUAUGAUAUACUACUGAUGAUAUACAGGUAGUAGGGUAUGAACAUACCUAAACCAUAAGUAAGGUAUACAUAUAAUAUAUAUAUAUAAUUAAAAUAUACAUGAUACAGGUAUGUACCUAAUACGCGAAAACAUAUGAUAUGAAUAUUAUGAUUUUCUCCAGCAGUCGCGAUUUCUACACAUACAUAUUCUACAGGUACGCAUACGAUAAAAUUGUAUAUACGUAUAUACUGUGAAGAAGGAAACAAAUUACACCGUCGCAGUUUACAUGUAUAUACAUAUACAUCAGGUAUGCAAGUAAAACGUAUUAUUCGGGUAUAUUGAUUAAAUUAAUUAAUUAAAUAAAUAUUAUCAAACCUUAGGACGUACGUACAUUUCUAUAAAAGAAACGUCGGACUAAAACAAAGAGGAGUGAAUAAAACUAGAGAAAAAUAAAACAACAAAAAUAUAAGUAGAGUAUAUAAUGUACCUAAUAAUUGUAAAUGUAUGACGACACAUCGUACAUAAGAACAAAAAAACUCACACACACCCGCGAACCAUGCAAUAAUUUUAAUUCACCUACGGCACACCUAUAGGUGCGUAUGUGGAAAAUAUGUUAUUUAGUCACCCUUUAUACUUGACAUGGACUAUAAUUAAUGGGUAUGUAAUUAAUAUCUACCCUACCUACUGUACGCUACUGCUAUUAUCAUUAUGUUUAUUCCGUAAUAUCGAUUCUGAAGAUCAAUCAUUGACUAAUAAUUUUUUUUAUCACUGAUAUUAUUAUCAUCAUUUUAUUAUUUCCGUUUCCGGUAUUACCGAUUACUGAUAUUAUUGGUAUUAUUUCAAUCAAAGUAUGAAUAUACGCGGGGAGAAACGCCACGCGAUAUUUAAGCGCAAAAACUGCUCUCCAACGCAAAUACAAUCUUUUGACUUUUACACAUUUUAUCCGUCUCUUUUGCGGAGGGAUUUUCUUCUUUUUGUCAUUAUUAACUAGACAAACAAACAAACGAAGCAACAAACUUGUUCAUAUCGCAGGCAUAAUGCUCAAUGAGAAGUGAAGACGCGCGGUGAAUUUUUUUCAAAAUCGCUGGCGUUCAACUCCCGUAUAUUGUAUAUAGAAAUAAAAUAAUUGAUAAAAUAUCUAUUUACGUCUUCGAUCUGUCGUGCUUAAUUAUUAUGUACAUAUAUACAUUUUGUUCGAAAUAUUAUGUGUAUAUGUAUAAAGUCAUGGAAGUGGUACGAUUGAAGAUGCGAGUAUAUUAUUAUAUGGGAGUUCUAUAAUAUGAUAUAUAUUAUAGUAUACAUAUAUAUAAAUAUUAUUAUUAUUAUAAGAAAGUCUGAAAGAGUCGUUAGCAAAUACGUGUGUAAUUAUUAUUAUAUAAUAUAAUAUAUUAUAAGAAUAAUAAUAAUGAUGCAAAAACACGAGAAUUAUAUAUAACUAAUAUAAUGUUUUUAUUUAGUACGAAGUUUCACAAUUUUUGUUUCUACGUUCGAAACAUCGAUCCGUACGUAAAACGAGAACAAAACCAGUGAUAAGAAACCUUUGAUUCUCUUCUCUUUAUUUGUUGAUUUCGUAUGCCUGUUAUAAUUCUCUUUUUUCAUGCAACCGUGCCGAAGAAUAAAAUGGCGGUGGGAGGGACAGGCAAGGGAAAAGGAUAUUAUUUUCGUAUUCCGCGAUAUGGAAAUUCUUGAACUUGAAUAUCGUGGAUCAUAAUCGUUACUGAAAUCAUACCGUUCUCAGAUUUAUGUUGUAGGAUGUUUGAUGUGUAAGCUUGUAAUUCACAUUUCCACACUAAAAUUGACUGAUUUUUAAAUUCUUAACGGAAUAUUUAAUAGUCAAUUUAAUAUUUAGGGAAUCAGCGACAAGUAUCCGUAUAAGAAGUUUAAUGUACGUACUAUUACCUAAUUAUAUUAUACAUACGAAUAUUAAUAUUAUUAUCAAUAAUUAUUUAUUUAAACAAGAAUUCGUUUAUCACACGUAUGAAUAUUAUUAUUAUCGUUUCAUUAACAUGAUUAUUAGAUAACAUAUUUCAAUUUGUGAUAUUAUUUAUUCGUCUAAUUUAUGGUUUUAAUUUUUCUGCCGUUUCAAUUUAACAAAAUUGUAAUGACAUUAAGUUGAUUAUUUUAAUUAUCAUUGACAACAUCCUUGCAUUGUAAUUUCAUAAGUUUAUUUAAUUUUCAUCUUGCUAUGUAUAAUUACACGUGUAGAAUUAAUAAGCAGCAGUGCAGAAGCAGUAUUCUAGAGACUGGCAUUAUAGGAAAUGAAAACUUAUUGUUAAAUUUCGUUUAUUAAUUAUAUAUUAUAAACUAUAUAUACAUAUUAUAUAUAUAUAUUUAUAAAAAAAAAGGAUAUGAUCGUGUGUGUGCAGUGGCAAUUGGUAAAACGAAGAUUCAUCCCAUAGGCAAUUUGACCGUUAAACGUAGAUAAUAUAUACGUGAUUAUUUUUAUCAUUCGGUGUAUUGUAUUAAUAACAAUUGGUUACCAAUGAUUUUAGUCAGCUACUCGGCUCUCAUGAAAAAUCCCGAUUCUAUAACAUCAAAGAUCGAAUGAUGAGAAAGCAUUGUAAAUAUAUCACGCCCGAUUUUCCGAUACGAUGAUUUCUUAUUUUAUAACAAUAUUGAUACGAAAAUUAAUAAAACGUGUAAAUUCUACAUAUUCGUAAUAUCAUGCACCGUAAAUAUAUUUAUCAAGCUUUUUUCGACUUUUAUACCCAUUUAUAUAUUAUAUACUUCUAUAAUAUCUGGCUAAUACCUAAUACCCGUAUAAAACUUCGCGCUCGUUGUUGACGUUAUUAUAUUAUUAUUACUAUUAUUACUGUACAUUACUAACGGUUUUCGUUCUAAUUAUCAAUCAUUGAUCACAUGCACGUUAUGUAUAAAUAUAUCAUAUACAUUUACAUCAUACGUUACCAUUAUAUUUAAAUGCAAAAGACUGAAAAGACGCGUAUUAUACAACCGAUAUACAUACAUACAUAGUAUACCUAUACCUAUACCGAAUCCUCUCGCUAAAAUAUACCAAUUUAAUAUACUUUGAAUAUUUCAUUUAAAAUGAUCGUUGAAUAAAAAAUAAUUAAAUAAAUGAAAACAUAUCCGCGGUUAUAAAAAUUCUUCGUAGACGGGAUUUCGCUAUAUUUUACGUAAUUCGCACACAAUAAAAAUCACGGUAUUCGAAUCACAGUCAAAAUCCUUUUCCCUUUUAUUUGAAAAAAUUAAAAAUGUUCAUCCAACUGUCUUAAUACACGCGAAUGAUAAUUAAUAUGCAAACGAGAAGCGCGUAUGGUUUAAUAUCGUAAAUACAUCUCAAAGACGCAUGUAUAAAUUCAACUCGGAUUAAUUAACGUGAAAUGCUUCCGCGCGGCCCAAUUAUUCAUGAAAAUUACAAUGAAAAGGAUGAUUCCCGUUGCAGUUUUAUUCUUAUCUCUUUUUUUUUUU